UUUGUAAUUCACAUGAGAAUUUCAACCGGGCCGGGGAUUCUCGUUCACGAUGCUCACCACCAGAGGGCACUCUGUCAUAUUCUCUGUGAUGUGUCAGUAAAAUUCUCGGGUAGAAAGAUUCUUUUUGUGUGACUCUCAGUGGAAAUUGCCCCGUUAUUUGCAGCAUGGACGGAGUAUCACCACAAAAGGAAGCUCCACCACUCUUCGACAAUGUGGACAUCACCAGUCCAGACGAGGAGAACGACAUUUUCGAGUCGGCCGUGCAAGAGCCGCUGUCGCCAACCAUGGAGGAGGUGGAGACGAAUGACAACGCUGACCAGUACAUCGAGAUCACAGUGUCGGAACCGCAGAAGAUGGGCGACGGAAUUGGCUCCUUUAUUGCUUACAAGGUAACGACAAACACGAACAUAAUGAAGUUCAAGAAGCGCCAAUUCAGCGUAGUCCGCCGCUUCAGUGACUUCCUCGGACUGCAUGACAUUCUCGUGAGCAAGUACUUGCGCUGCGGGAGAAUAAUUCCUCCGGCGCCGCAGAAGAACAUCAUUGGCAGCACGAAGGUGAAGAUGGCCCAGCCGCAGGCAGAACCUGGCUCUGGACUGGGCAUGGAAUGGGUGGAGAACCGACGAGCAGCUCUCGAGCGCUACCUCAAUCGCACGGCUCAACAUCCCGUUCUCUGUGUCGACACGGACUUCGUGAACUUCCUGGAGAGUGAACAAGAGUUGCCGCGUGCCGUGAACACAGCUACUCUGAGUGGAGCAGGUAUGCUGAGGAUGUUCAACAAAGUGGGCGAGACGGUGAAUAAGAUCACGUACAAGAUGGACGAGAAUGAUCCGUGGUUCGAGGAGAAGAGUGCCGAGGUGGAGAAUCUCGACAUGCACAUGCAGAAACUGCACGCGUCGAUUAAGGCACUCGUGACGCACAGGCGCGAGCUGUCACAAUUGACCGGUGGCGUGGCCAAGUCAGCGGCUCUGCUGAGCACGUGCGAGGAGCACACGGGACUCUCCAGGGCGCUCUCGCAGCUCGCCGAUGUGGAGGAGAAGGUUGAGUUGCUGCGAUCUGAGCAAGCCAACUCGGAUCUGUACAUUCUGUCGGAGACGCUGAAGGACUACAUUGGCCUCUUUGGGGCCAUCAAAGAUGUGUUCCACGAGAGAGUGAAGGUCUUUCAAAAUUGGCAACACGCCCAACUCCAGUUGACAAAGAAGCGGGAGAACAAGGCGAAGCUGGAAUUGGCUGAGCGAAGAGACAAAUUGGAUCAGGCACAGAAGGAGGUGGAGGAAUGGGAGUGCAAAGUACAGCGCUGUCAGAAGGAGUUUGACGAUAUUUCCACGGAAAUCAAGCGUGAGAUGGAGAGAUUUGAAAUCAAUCGCGCCAGAGAUUUCAAAGCGACAAUUAUCAAGUAUUUAGAGGAUCAAAUGGCUCAUCAGCAACAGUUGAUUAAGUACUGGGAAGCUUUCAUUCCAUCCGCCCGAGAGAUUGCAUGAAAGUUGGAGGAUGACUUGAGUGCGUCCAAUGUAAAUACACGGCAAUCCGAUAAGGUAAUUAUUUCUACUCCUAAAAAUACCUUCAAUGCAAAGAGCGUUAUAAGUUAAAAGGAGUAAUCUAUCUAUGGAUAUAAAAAGCGAAAUGAAUGAUUGUACAUUGCGUAAUUCAUAAUGUGCUGAAUUGCUGAAAAUUGUGCAAAAUGUGACAAUUUAUUAUUUUUCACACCUUGUAUAGAACAUGAAAUCCCCACUAUUAUUCAUUCAAAUCAGAUUUAUAUAUAUAUAUAUGAAAAAAUUUUCCCUCCAUCGCACACAACUUUUGACUAUUCACGAUUUAAAGAUAAAGUAAAGAAAGAAAGCGAUUACCUACUACUUUUUCAAAUCUCUUCAUUCAGACUUCCUCAGAGGAACCCGAUAAUCUGAAGUUUGAAUAUUUUUGUAUUAAGUGGAGAAGAGAUACAAAUACUUUACGAAAUCGCCAAGAAAAAUGCUUUAGGCUCCUUUCCAACACAGAAAAUCUCUUUGAGAUUGAUUUUUAUUAAAUAAUAAUAUCGCAGAAAAUGAUGGAAAAAUGUUGAAUUUUCUCCCGAUAGACGUGAAAAUUGAAGUCAUUCGAUGAUUCAAAAAAAUAUAUAUCAUUCCAUUAGUAGCAAAAUACAGUGAAUAUUGCUAAAAAUCUAUAUAUUCUAAGAUUUUUAAAAAAUACAUAUAACAAUAGGGAGAAAAAUUUCUGUAGCAUAAUGAAGUAUAUAUUUUUUCGUCUCGACUUUUCUUUAUGAUGUAAGAAGAAGAAAAAAAAAAUGAUGAUCAAUGAAUGAAGACCGAUGAACUUUUAGAAGCAUUUUGUAAGAAUAGCGAGAGAGUUGAUAGGGAGGUGAGAAAAAAUUGUGAAAUAUACAUUAGAUUCCAAUAUUAAUUGUUGUUGAGAGAAAAUAAUUUUUUUUCUUUUCUCCUGAAAAAAAAAUCCUUCGAAUGCGAAUAAUAUUAAGAUGAUAGUUAUGAAAAGAAGAGAAAUGUUUUUUUUUUCCUCUGUUGAUAAAUUUGCAAUAUCUCUAAAAGGUCAAAGAAAAAGGAAAUUUUGCAAUUAAAUAAAAUAAUUGUAAAUGGAAA